AUUAAAUGACACUUUGUGCUUUUAAAAAUGUUCAGAAAAUUACAAUCGAGUGAAAAAAACACGAGUAGAGCAGUACAAGCCACAAGACAAUUGCGAAAGAAACGACGAAAAAUCAUGUAAAUUGCGCAUUUAUGCCCCGACAGAAAAAAAGAAAAUCAAUUUUAGAAAUAAUUGAGGCUAUAAGCAUUUACAAAUUCACAAUAUUCUUUGGGAGCCGCUUACAAAGUGUCGAAACCAAAAAUAUACAACCGAAGGGGGAAAUAAGGUGGUGUGAGAUCAUUUUUACAAGGAAAGUGACAAACGUAUUUCAAUUAAAGUGAAAAUACUAAAAAGUAUAAAUCCAUAUGUCAGAUUCGGAAUACAGUGAAUCCUUGGAUGUGAAUGGCCAAGAUGAAAGUGAAGGAAAUGAAAUACACAUGCAACUGUUACAACAGCAGCAACAACAGCAAUAUUUAAACCAGCAACAGCAGCAGCAGCAAAUACAGCAACAAAAUGUAAGCUAUAUGACCUAUGCUGGAUCCACAUCCACUUCCGGAGAGUCAAGUAUCUCGACAACUUCCUCCGAUGAAUCGGAUGAAGGAGACUCAGAAGAUACUUUGGAAUUGGCCAAGAUAACCAAUGAGGUUUUAAGUUUACCUCGAGGGCUUUGUGAAAAUGCCGCCAUAUUCCAGGAGUUUUUCUCAUUGGAAACAUGGCAGGAAUUGCCCCAACCAGUGCAAAAUCAUUUACAACAAUUCCUGCCCCGUUUCAAUCAAAUUUUACCCCCUCAAAUGGCCGCUGUAGAACAGUCUCGCACGCUUUCUAUGCUCUUCAACAAUGAACUAACGCGUUUUGGCGAAUCGCCCUUAAAAUCACUGCAGCAACAACUAGAAGUUGGCAACUGUAGACCCGAUAUCAUAAAACUACGUCAAAAUAUUUUGAAAUCCAGACGUAGAGAACAAAGAUUUCAACAUUGUGAACGUCUGUCACAAAUGGCUAAACAAUUGUUUCUCUCCCGCCAAAGACUAUUGGAUACCGCCUAUAAAUCCUCACCGGACAUAGUUAUGCAACCAAACACAGUCUCCCUCAAUAAACACCAGCCUAAACCCUCACAUCUUUUCACAGACAACAAGCUGUCGGCCAUGCGUGCCCGUAAACGUUUCUAUAGCGAAAUUUCACAAUUGGCUCAGCAAUUGGGCUUAAAAGGCGAUGUUGUGUUGAGUGCCGAUGAGGAAGAUGAGGAUGGUUUGCUGGUGGAUGAAUUGAAAAAGGAUAUGCAAUUACAACAGCGCGGUUUGGAAAUUGAAAGUGAAGCCGUCAAGACUUCAACAUCAUUGGCUGAUCGUUGUAUUUAUAGUACGAUCUUUAAGAAGCAUCAGAAUGUGGAGGACGAAGAGGCUUGCCGUUUGCAGCAAAAAUCAAAACAAUCUAAAUUGACGAAUCGCAACUUCAAAGAGUUUUUGAGAGAACAUAAGCGCAGGAAAAUAACAGAGCCGACUCAGCCCGAAUUUGAAACAUCUGAUAUUCGUUUGAGAGAUGUGUGUGCUCGGGCUCAAAUGGGUGGUAAUUUCAAGCGUAUGUUUGCUUUUGGUAAGACUCCCGGACGUAAACCCAAAACAACGUCCACAACUUUGACAGCAACCUCAACAGCAACAACAACACCAGCUACGCAGACAAACAUCUCAUCAGCAAUGUUAACAACAAAUGCUACAAAUACCAUACCCUCCACAACAACAAUUACACAUCCCAUAACUCUCAUAUCACUACCGCCACCAUCGCUGCCGCUGCCACCACCACCACCAAAACUCAGUGAACCGCCCGCAUUAGUGCCCAUACAGCCAACACUUAAAAAGCCCGAAACAUAUCAAAUCGUCACAACAGCCACCAAAUCUUCGCCAAAGGAAUAUCAUCUGCAACAGCAGCAGCAACAUCAUUUAUCCCAGCAGCAACAACAUUCCUUGCAUAGCUCAAACGUAUCUUUAGAAAUGCCACACAAAACGAAUGAUACCUUAAAUAUUGCCCAACUAAUAACGAAUCAUGCGGAUAAUCUUAAUUUGUGCAUGGAUGAUUCUUCGCUUUUAACGGGCGACCAUGAUGCCUUCAACAUGCUCGACAAUGAGGUGGAAUUGCAGCAGGAAGAGGUAGAAACAUUCGGUGGCACCUGUGAGGAAACUAUACCGGCCUUUGUUAUUGGCAAUGAUGUGGUCAUGCCUUCAGGCGACAAGCUUAAUGACAGCAAGAAAAACAUGUUAAAUGUACGAGCCAGUCAUCAGACACAGCAAUUGGAAAAUGUUGUUUUGCAACAGCCAGUGCCAAAAUUAGAACCUCUCUCUAGAACACCUUUAAUAAGUACGAAAUCAUCUUCAUCUUCGUCCUCCACAAGCACACCACCCACUGUUAGUGAAUUGAUACAGGAAACUCAUGCUUGUUACUUCUCUUUAAUACGUGACUUUUUCUGUUCCACGCCUAAUCAUCGUAUGCGUUACGAUGACCUGCGACACAAGAUUGAUGUUUGGCUGCGCAAUCCCAUUACAGCUCUAAAUGAAUGGUAUUCUUUGUCGGAAAAUUGGUCAAAUCUCUUAAAGUCGGCUAUACAAUUUUUGGUGGGUGAAUUUCCCGAUCUACCAGAUGAAUAUGUGCCCUAUAUAGAGCAUAAGAUGCAAUUGAAUAUCUAUCAGUGGAUAGGAGCGGGACGUGAUUCCGAUAACCGGCUCAGUGAGCUGUGUACUUUGUGGAUGGAGAAACGUAAACAACCCAAUGAUAAACAUGCCAACAGUGUAACACACUCGGAACUUAAAUUAGAAAUAUGCCCCCGAAGUUCGAUAGAAAAUGAUGACUCGCGGGAUGAAGGCAGCGAUAAUGGGGGAGGCUUAACACCACCACCUCCACCGCCCAGAUGUCCCACCAACUGGACUGUAAGAGCAGCUACCUUGGAGGAAAUUAGCGAAUUCCAAAGACAGGAAAGAGACAGAUUCGAGCAGCCUCACAAGGCCUUUACUUAUCACAUGCAUGGCUAUGAAAGUGUGGUGGGUCCGGUAAAAGGCAUCUACUCGCCUUUGCUAGCACUUAGCAAGGCUCGCGGUCACAGCAUGAUGGUGGGGGAUAGACCUAACUUUGUUACCAUUCUAACCUUGGUAAGAGAUGCCACUGCCCGUUUGCCCAAUGGUGAGGGCACUCGUGCAGAAAUCUCCGAACUUUUAAAAUGUUCACAAUACAUAAAUCGCGAUGCUUCGGAAAAUGUUUUACAAACCAUAGUCAGUGGGGCUUUGGAUCGUAUGCACACUGAACACGAUCCGUGUGUGCGCUACGACCCCAAACGCAAAAUAUGGAUAUAUUUACAUCGCAAUCGCACAGAAGAUGAAUUUGAGCGCAUGCAUCAGCAAAAUCAAACUAUAGGCAAAACGAAAAAGCUGCCCCAAAGAAAACCCAAGCCUCUAUGCAAUACCACAGGCAGUGGCAAGCCGUCAUCAAUGGCGGACAAUGAUAAUUUCAUAGUAGUAAACAGUUCUGAAGCCAGUAAUGGCAGCAGCCCCGUCACAGGUUCUCUAAUAACCAUGCCUGCCUUGGUACCUUCAAAUCCCAUUAUUGUUAGCAACAACAGCGGAGUACAAAGGCAGCAACAGGUUUUGCAACAGCAGUUGAUAAACACUAACAAAUGUCCACCAGUUCCUCCCUUGAAAUACAAUAUACCCCACACCACACAAACCAUCAGUAGUAAUCAGAGCCAACAGCAGCAGCAGCAACAACAACAACAGAAAUCCUUAUUAAAAACCACCAUACGAACAGAAAACAAAACAAUAUCUUCCACGUCCAUUAAUGCCGGCAGCAGCAGCAAUCUAAUCAAACAGCAUAGUUUUCAAAUGCCACAAAAAAAGAAUGCUCCUAAUCAAAAUACUACCCCUAUUAUAGUGGCCACGCCGCAAGGUCUGCAAACAGUGCAUGUUUCAAAUGCCACCUCGGUCAUGCCGGCACAAUCGGCUAACAACCCACAACAACAACAACCGCAAACUUCCACUGCGCAGCAACAACAACAUACCAACAUUACCGCCAAUUUAGCCGGCAAACGAGUCACUCUCAACAAGCCCAUAAUCAUUAACCAAGUUACAACAACAUCCUCAUCUCCCUCCUCAGCAGCCAGCUCUUCGAACAUCUCGAUGGCCAAUCAAAAGCUGAAAUCACCCCAACUCAUACAAAAAACUCAAUUAAUACAAAAUCGCAUCACACUACAAACAAAUCAACACCAGCUUAUAACCCAACAGCAGCAACAAUCGAAUCUUAUUAUACCCAUAUCAAUGGCCAACAAUAUGACGCUUAAUAUGCAUCCUACUUCCAAUGUUACAGACAGUUCCACUGCUCAAUCUAGCACUGGUACUAGCUCGUCUUCUGCUUCCCUCAGCAAUAAACAGAAUAUCAUACGUUUAGUGCCCGCUUCAAAUGUUAAAAACCUCAUGAAUUCACCCACAGCCACAACCACGCAAAUUGUCAAUAGGCAAAGACAAAUUGUGGGCACAACAGCAGGUACAGACCGGCCAGCUACUCCGCAACAUCAACAACAAAAGACUCAAACUACUGGCUUGCAGUUGCUAUCGAAUAAUGGCAAUGUGAUUACUGUGGCCGGCACGGUUUCAAAUCAAGCUGGUUCUAUUGUUAAAAUGUCGCCACAACAGUUUGCCUCCCUACAGCAGAAACAUGGUCAACAGCAGCAACAUAUUAUUGUGAAGCAGGCAGGCGUUAACAAAACCCAAAGCACAGUUUUGGCGACGACGGGUAACAAACCUCAGAGAGUUAUUUUGGGCAACACUUCAAUUGUUGGUCAAACUGGUCAAGGUAAAAACAUUGUCCUACAACAAAUACCAGUGGCAUCAUCUUCGGUUGUAGUUACACCCUCCCAAGCGGCAACAAUUUCCUCGACCACCACAACCAUAAGCGGCAACAAAAUACAAACCAUUAAUGCUAAAAAUUUGACACCCCAACAGCAACGGAUACUAAUACAAAAUCUAAAACAACAGCAGCAACAACAAAAUCAACAACAAACUAUAAAUCAAAAUCAAAUACAAUUUAAAACCGUACAAUUGGUGGGCAGUGCAUCAGCUACACAAGCUAAUAUGGCCGGAAGAGCACAGACUGUAACUAUGGCCACAACGCAGCAACAACAAAACACACCAAAAACCGCUGUUGUGGUAGUCUCACAAGACAAUGGAACACAGCCACAACAAAAUAUAACACGAAUACUCAAAACAACCAGUCCACAAUUAAAGUCCGAAAUGUCGGCAGCAACGGCUGGAGGCACCCGCGUUAUCACAAGUUCUAGCGGCCAAAUAAUAUCACUGGAUAGUUUAAUACAAAAACAAGGAGGCACACUGCGUAUUACUGGCACCGGCAAUGCCGCACAGACUAUUAAAACAACAAAUAUGCUGCAAAAAUCUCAACAACAUCAACAAGUGAAACAACAGCAGCAGCAGCCCCAACAAUAUGCCAUUGUUUCUGUACCGAAUAGUAUUAUUUCACUGGGCAGCAAUUCAAACUUUACCGUGGGCCAAAGAAUUAUCACCACCCAGGCUGGCUCCAGCAACACUACGUCUUUGGUGAAUUUAGACACCACAAAAGUAACAUCUUCAGUAGUUUCAACGGGCACAGGACGUGUUAUUACCGCUACAGCUGCUGGCACGAAAAUUAUUACAAAACAGUCAUCUGCCGGCUCAGCUGCAGCUGGUAAUAUACGUGUUAUAAACACGGUCAAUCAAACGGGCAACAUUAAUUUGGCCACCUUACAGGGUAAACAGGUGGUCUUAACCUCCGGUAAGACUUUGAAUACUAUUAGCAAAGCUCAACUGCAACAGCAUCAGCAAAAUGUGGUACAAACUCAACAGGGCAGUAUUGUUAUUGGUGGACAAACGGUUAAGCUGCAGCAAGGAACUACAAAUAUUCAACAAUUGCUGCAAAAGAGCGGCAAUAUCAUUGCGAGCCAAAACUCAUCAACAAAUCUCACAACGGCAACACCACAACUGCAGACCGUUAUCAUGGGUAAUCAAAUAUUAAGGGUGCAACAAAUACCACAAAUCGUAUCGACAGCAAAUCGUUUAAAUGUGUCCAACACAAAAACAAUUAGCCAUAAUAUGGAUAAUAGUUUAACAAACACAAACUCCAAUACGCCAAAAACAAUAUUUGUAGGAUCGACGGGACAAACGUUAAGACUACAGCCAGCCACAUCCCAAACACAAACAAUACAAAAUAAAAACAUAAUUUUACAAACGCAGCAACAGAAUCCCACAAAUAAAACUGCCACCAGUGGAAAUGUCAGCACCACACCAAAUCGCGUCGUUUUAGCCGUACAAGGUGGUGGUCAAAUAUUUUUAUCACCCAAUUUUCAAGGUGGUAAUAUUAAUCUUAAGUCAUUGCAAAAUAUGAAGGUGGUAUCGUUGGCUCAACAUCCCUCAGCUAAAGUUAAAGAUACAACUUCAAGCACCUCCGCAUCAGCAUCAUCGUCGUCAUCCGCCUCCUCAUCGUUGACAGCUCAACAGACCAUUUUAAAAACGACAUCUACACCCACUACAAGUGAUAAAAAUGUUUGAAAGCAUUACUUUUAAAACUCUUUUUUUUAUAUAAUGUGAACAAACAAACAAAAAAAGAAAAGCAAAUAAGCGUUUAUUGUCGUUUCAUUUUUUAGUCUAUAAAUCUAUACAUACGCCAAGCGUAAAUAAUAUGUCAUUUAUAACCCAAAAUAUUUUUGUACAUAGGACACACAACACACACCCAUACAUUAUAGAUAAUGUAAUAUACAAUACACAUAUAUAGAAUAAAUAAAUAUUAUUAACAUUAUUACUAUUAUUAUAUUAUAAACUUGCAAUUAUUCCCCCCAACCCAAUCAUACCUUCACUUCCAAACUCCCUCCCUCCCUGCUUUAGUUUCAUCAUUUUACUUAAGCGUUAAUUAUACAAAACACAUUUUGUACGAAAUUUAAUUUAUAUUAAUUAAUGUUUAACACACACUUACACCUACAUCCCCCCUACUUGAGUUAGUAAUAAAAGAGUUUAUUUUUUUUAAAUUAUAAAUGAUUAGCUUAAUAAUAAAAACUUAAAUAAAAAACAUCUUGAAUAUAAUAUGGCUUUUAGAAA